UUAUUUCAAAAGUUGUGUUUGUGGACUGAGAAAAAGAGAGGGGUGACACAGUUAAGAACCCAAUAAAGGAAGCCUUGCCACAGAGAGUAGGAAAAAGAAAAAGGGUGGUGACAAGUUCUUUUUUUCUUGGUUUAGUUUUGAGACCCAGAAUUUAAAACCAGAGAGAAUGUUGGUUUUUCACUAGCAUUUGAUUUUAUUGAGUUUUAAGAAAAUGGGUCUUUAUCAUCUCCUCCUCUUCUUCUUCAUCAUCCUUUCUUGUUCUACUGUUUCUUUGUCAUAUGAGCCUCGCAACCAUGAAGUGGAAGCGUUGAUAAGUUUAAGAAGAGAGUUGAAUGAUCCACACGGGGUGUUAAAUAACUGGGAUGAAGACUCUGUUGAUCCUUGUAGCUGGGCAAUGAUCACUUGUUCUUAUGAAAAUCUUGUUAUUGGCCUGGGAGCUCCAAGUCAGUCAUUAUCAGGAACUUUGUCCGGGACGAUACGAAAUCUCACCAAUCUUCGCCAAGUGUUGCUGCAAAACAACAACUUAUCUGGUAAAAUUCCACCCGAGCUCGGGUCUCUUACAAAACUGCAGACUUUGGAUCUAUCUAACAACCGAUUCUCCAGUGAAGUUCCAGGGUCAUUUGGACAGCUAAAUAGUUUGCAGUACCUGAGGCUGAACAACAAUAGCUUGUCUGGGCCUUUUCCUGCAUCUUUAGCAAAAAUCCCUCAACUUGGUUUCUUGGACUUCUCUUAUAACAAUCUCAGUGGACCUGUGCCCAAGUUCCCUGCCAGAACUUUCAAUAUUGUGGGAAAUCCAUUGAUUUGUGGAAGCAGCUCUACUGAAGCUUGCUCAGGAACUGUUGACGCCGUUCCCUUCUCAUUUUCCCUGGGUUCAUCAAAUGGGGAGCAAAAAUCCAAGAGAUUAGCUGUUGCACUCGGAAUCAGUCUCAGUUUUGCCUUUCUCAUACUUCUAGCAUUUGCACUACUUUGGAACAGAAAUAAACUGAAGAGGCUAACGAUUCUGAAUAUUAGUGACAAACAGGAAGAGGGCUUUAUUAGCCUCGGUAACCUUAGAAACUUCACUUUCAGGGAACUCCAGCUUGCGACGGACAACUUCAGUUCCAAGAACAUACUAGGCACAGGAGGAUUUGGUAAUGUCUACAAGGGAAAUUUAGGAGACGAGACCCUUGUGGCUGUGAAGCGGCUAAAAGACUUUACGGGAAGUUUCGGGGAGUUGCAAUUCAGGACCGAGUUGGAGAUGAUCAACUUGGCGGUUCACCGUAACCUGCUUCGUUUAAUUGGAUAUUGUGCUACUUCUAACGAAAGACUUCUCGUCUACCCCUAUAUGCCUAAUGGAAGUGUCGCAUCCAGGCUCAGAGGAAAACCGGCUUUAGACUGGAAUACAAGGAAGAGGAUUGCGAUUGGAGCUGCAAGGGGACUUCUUUACCUACAUGAGCAAUGUGAUCCAAAAAUAAUCCACAGAGAUGUGAAGGCAGCUAAUGUUCUUCUGGAUGAUUAUUGUGAAGCUAUUGUUGGUGAUUUUGGCCUUGCAAAACUCCUUGAUCAUGCAGAUUCCCAUGUCACCACUGCUGUCCGUGGCACUGUUGGGCACAUUGCACCAGAGUACCUCUCGACUGGUCAGUCUUCGGAGAAAACUGAUGUGUUUGGGUUUGGCAUUCUCUUGAUAGAGCUCAUAACCGGAAUGAGAGCUCUCGAGUUCGGAAAAACAGUUGGUCAGAAAGGAGCAAUGCUUGAAUGGGUAAAGAAAAUACAGCAAGAAAAGAAAGUGGAAGUAUUGGUGGACAGAGAGCUAGGGAACUAUGACAGGAUCGAAGUGGGGGAGAUGCUCCAAGUGGCUUUGCUAUGCACUCAAUACCUUCCUGCCCACCGACCGAGAAUGUCCGAAGUGGUCCGGAUGCUCGAAGGCGAUGGCCUAGCCGAGAAAUGGACAGCAUCGCACAGUCAUAGCAAUUCCACCUUGAACCACUUUCCCAACAGCUUCGGCAACAAAGGUAUGCCAUUGCCACACCCUACCAGUGGAUCAAAACACGAUGGAAAAAGUUACGAUGAUGAAUCGAGCAGCAUGUUGGGCACAGGAAUUGAGGAUGAUGAUGAUUAUGAACAUUCUUUGGAUUCCUAUGCCAUGGAACUCUCCGGUCCAAGGUAAAAAAA